AUGAAGACUCUGAACAACCGUGCUGACAGCCACCUGUCCAGCCAGGUGGAAUGUGAGCUGGAAAACAUGGGUUCAUGGGUGAACCAGGGUUACAUUGGCAACUCACCACCCUUGCCCCGGGUUGUGAGCACGGUGUACAACCCCGAGCCCCACUUCCAGGGCUCCAUGGAGGGCACGUACAACGUGGACACCCACGGCCCCGUCUCACAGGAGCCAUACUCGGCUGAGAAAACCCUGGUGAAGGAACGCAUAGGCUGCUGUUCUUUCAUUAAAGGUUUGUGGGGUACAACACUGACUGAAAACACCUCCGACAACCGGGAACUGUUUGUCCGCACUACUCUACGGGAGUUAAUGGUCUACCUGGUCUUUUUGCUGGAUAUUUGUCUUUUGACAUACGGUAUGACAAGCGCAAACGCCUACUAUUACACCAAAGCCAUGACUGACCUGUUUGUGAAUACAGCCGGAGAAAGUGGGGUUAAGUUUCAGUCCAUCAGCACCAUGGGGGAUUUCUGGACUUUUGCUCAGGAACCAUUAUUAGAUGGCCUCUACUGGACAAAAUGGUACAAUAACCAGACCCUGGACAGUGGAGAUCAGUCAUUCAUCUACUAUGAGAACAUGUUGCUUGGAGUCCCCAGGAUGAGACAGAUCAAGAUCAAAAACAACUCCUGCAAAGUUCACAAAGACUUCCAGGAUGAGAUCACAGAGUGUUACGAUGUCUACAAUGAGAAGAAGGAGGAUGAUCUCGACUUUGGUCUAAUCAACGGCACAGCAUGGAGCUACCACACUGAAAAAGUGAUCAAGGGUUCCUCGCAUUGGGGUUUGCUGACCACCUACAGUGGAGCAGGAUACUACCAGGACCUGGGUCGAACCAAGGAGGAAAGCGCCAUUGUACUGAGGGAGCUGGAGGAGAACCUUUGGCUAGACCGAGGAACCAGGGCUAUUUUCAUUGACUUCUCCACUUACAAUGCGAACAUCAACAUGUUCUGUGUCAUCAGGUUGGUAGUGGAGUUCCCGGCAACUGGUGGCGCAAUCCCUUCCUACCAGAUCCGAACAGUCAAACUUAUUCGCUACAUCAACUAUUGGGAUUACUUCAUCCUGAGUUGUGAGAUGAUCUUCUGUUUGUUCAUCCUUUAUUAUGUUGUGGAGGAGAUUCUUGAGCUUCGAAUACACAAGUUCUCCUACUUCAAAAGCAUCUGGAACAUACUUGACAUAGUGGUCAUACUGCUCGCCAUUGUUGCCAUUGUAUUCAAUAUUUUCCGUACAGUCAAAGUGGACAAGUUGCUUGGUAAAUUGUUGGAUCAACCAGAAAUCUAUGCUGACUUUGAAUUUCUGGCAUUCUGGCAAACACAAUACAACAAUAUGAAUGCAGUCAACCUGUUCUUUGCAUGGAUCAAGAUCUUCAAGUACAUUAGUUUCAAUAAGACCAUGACCCAACUGUCCUCCACACUGGGUCGCUGUGCCAAAGACAUUGUAGGGUUUGCCAUAAUGUUCUUCAUCGUGUUCUUCGCGUACGCUCAGCUCGGAUAUUUGCUGUUUGGUACAGAAGUGGAAUCCUUCAGCACCUUUGUCAAGUGCAUCUUCACCCAAUUCAGGAUUAUUCUAGGAGACUUUGAUUAUGACGCAAUUGAUCGUGCAAACAGAGUCCUUGGACCAAUUUAUUUUGUCACCUACGUUUUCUUCGUUUUCUUUGUCCUGCUGAACAUGUUUCUUGCCAUCAUAAAUGACACAUAUUCUGAGGUCAAAGAGGAGUUAUCAUCCCAAAAAGAUGAGCUCCAGAUCACUGACAUAAUCAAACAGAGCUACAUGAAGACAUUCAUGAAGCUGAAACUUAAAAAUGAGAAAAUAUCAGAUGUCCAGAGGGCUCUACGCACUGGAGCUGGUGAAAUUGAAUUUGAGGAUUUUAGAGAAACUUUAAAAGAGAUGGGACAUGCCGAUCAUGAAAUUUCUGCCGCGUUCUCACAGUUUGACCGUGAUGGGAACCACAUUCUAGAUGAGGAUGAACAGGAAAAUAUGAAAACAGAAUUGGAGGAAAAGAGGGAUGCCCUUACUGCUGAACUCAACAAUCUUGGAAUGAAUUAUGGGAAAGAUUUUGGGGCAAAGCCUCCAGUGAGCUUAAGUGACCAAACGAGCAACUCUGGUCACACCUUUAUGGACAGAGAACAGUUUCUAAGAUUGGCCAGGCAGGUUCUCCACCUUGAAAGUGCUAUGUGUGACAUAACUGUGAAGAUUGAGUUGAUUUUGAAGAAAAUUGGGAUUGAGGAUUUAUGUGAUGUAAACAGAAACAAUGGGAAGUCAAUGACCAAUCACAUUGACCUGGACAACUUGCUGUGAUUGAUGGAACAAUGAAUUCUGCUCUUCAAUAGAAAAUCCUGAAGGAGAAUGUUCAGCCAUCAGUUUGUGACCUUAAGCUGAAGCACACUUGGGUUCUCCGGCAGGAUAACGAUCCAAA